CAACCAAGCAAUAACCCAAAAAAAAAAAAAUCCACUCUUAUAUUUUUAUUAAUAUUAAUACUAAUAUGGGUUCUGAAUAUUGUCUUUGAACAUUUGGGUUUUUUCUUUUUCAUUUUAUUUUCUCGAGAAAAUCUCUCUCUCAAAAUCCGACUGAACAAACAACAACCACCCCCCCCCCCAAAAAAAAUAAUAACCCAAUGUUUAUAUUUUAUUUAACAUUCAUGGAAACAAAGCAAAUUUGGGUUCUUGUCUUUGAACAAUAAAUCUAAAGGCAGACAGCUUUUUGGGAAACUCCAAUACUUUUGUAUUUUUGUUAUUGUUUUACUUUAACCCCAAUUGGUCAUUGGGUUUCAAUUCAACCACCAAUUCUAGAACACUUAAAAAGAAAAUCAUCCCAACAUUCUUACAUUUUUUCAGGGUUUCUUCUUUCUUUUUCUUUUGACCCUUUUUGUCCCCUUCAACUCCUUCUUUUGACUAAGUUUUUCUCAUAUUGGGAGGUAUCAAAUAUAUAUAGACAAUUAAUUUAUUUAUAUAUAUUUAUAUAUGUUUGCUUCAGUUGACUUCUUCCUUCCUUCCAUGAAAACUGAUUGAUUUCUAAAUAGAAAGUAAUUUAAAGGGUUUUAAUUUGGUGAUGAUUGGAGUUGGAUUUUCUGGCAUUACACUAAUGAAUCAAGACAGAACAAACCAGCAGGCUUCAUCUUUGAUUGGUAAAAUAUUGAGUGUGAAGGGAAGAAAUCAAAGUAAUAAAGAGAUUGAAGUGAGAUUUGAUUCUUCAGAAGAACAAUAUGAUUUACCACAUCAACCUUUGCUUUCGAGAGAAAAAAGCACGAAAGCUGCUAGUGAGAAUAUAUCUUUCCGUGUCUUCGUUGCGACAUGGAAUGUAGGAGGUAAAUCUCCAGAUAGCAAACUCAACCUCGAUGAUAUUCUUCAAGUUCGUGAAGAAUCAGACAUAUAUGUGUUAGGUUUUCAGGAAAUCGUUCCGUUGAAUGCUGGAAAUGUGCUUGUGAUCGAAGACAACGAGCCUGCGGUGAAAUGGCUCACCUUAAUAAACCGGUCACUAAACAAGGCGAAUUAUGUUCCUUUAAGAGGACCCAGACCCGUUGGUUCACCCGAGGGUUCACUGGUUUUCCCUAAAAUUAAACUUAGAAAGGCCAGCAAAGCUUUGAGGACAGAGAAUAAACGGAAGCUGAAGAGCUGCAACUGUCCUAUAGGUUUGGAAAGGAAGAAUAGCAAAGAAUUCUGUUUCCGGUGCCCUCAAUCGCAAACGAAUGAAAAUGAUAUUUCAUCCGAAGAUGAUGAAGACGGACCUAACGGUCCUUCUAGUGCAAACUCGAUUAAGUAUAGCCUUGUAGCAAGCAAGCAAAUGGUCGGAAUUUUUCUCACGGUAUGGAUGAGGAAAGAGCUUGUACAAUACGUAAGCCACCUACGGAUAUCCUGCGUAGGUCGCGGUAUUCUCGGGUGCCUUGGCAACAAAGGCUGUAUAUCAGUGAGCAUGCUUUUCCACAAGACAGCAUUAUGUUUCUUGUGCAGUCAUUUGGCAUCUGGAGAAAAAGAAGGCGAUGAACUUCGGAGAAAUUCGGAUGUCAUAGAGAUACUUCGGAACACGCAGUUUCCAAGGAUCUGCAAAACAUCGAACAGUAGGGUGCCAGAAAAAAUUCUGGAUCAUGAUCGGGUCAUAUGGCUAGGGGAUUUGAACUACAGGAUAGCUUUAAGCUACUCUGAUACCGGAAAGCUUCUAAAAGAGAGAGCCUGGGAUACAUUGUAUAACAAUGAUCAGCUAAAGAUCGAAAGAGAGGCGGGGCGAGUAUUCAAGGGAUGGAAAGAAGGAAAAAUAUACUUUGCACCAACUUACAAAUACUCUCUUAACUCGGACAUCUAUGCCGGAGAGACCGUUGAAACUAAAAACAAAAGGAGAACUCCAGCUUGGUGUGACAGAAUACUAUGGCGUGGAAGUGAAAUAUAUCAGCUUUCGUAUGAACGGAAAGAAUCAAGGUUUUCCGAUCAUCGGCCGGUUUGUGCGACAUUUUGGGUGAGCGUUGAAGCAAUGGAGGAUGGAUCAAAGAGAAGAUGACCUUUUGUUAAAUAGACAGGAAGAAGAAAUCAAUUUCCAAAAAGAAAAAAAAAUCAUAAAAUCUGGUUAUUUUCUACAAUUAUUCCAUGUUUAGGCAUACAGCAAAUGUAAAUUAAAUCACUUUGAAAAUUAAAAAUAAUUAUUCUGCUAAGAUCAUAAAAACUUAUUAUUUGUUCUA